AUGACGAAAGAAGACUGCAAGGUCCACGAGAGCCCUGGCAAUGCCUUGUAUCCCGAGGUGCCUUCCAUGAAAGCACCGUCACUGGAGUUUGUGUACCGUCUUGUUGCCAAAAUGCACCCAACAGAUGGGUACGAUAUCUCCAAUGUCAUGGGUACCGGAGUUAGUCGAUCUAUCGGCCACAUUCAGUCCGGCACCGUUAAAGGCCCCGGCAUAGAAGGCAUCGUCGUGGAGAAUAGCGGUGCCGACUGGGCCCAGCAAAUCCACUCUAAAAAGAUUUACUACACACUUGACGCGAGGUACAGCAUCAAGACCUCAGACGGAUACCACAUCUUUGUCCAGGCCCGCGGUCUCUUCAGACCCGGCCCAGGGGUGACGUUUGAUUUUGAGGAGUCUAUGGAUGCCAGUUACUCACAGGACCAAGUGGAGUACUUUACACAUAUCACGUUUGAGGCGGCGGGCGACGGACCGUAUAACUGGAUGAACGGGAUCGUGGCUAUUGGGGCCUUGCAAUCGUACGGAGGCGCAGCCAUUAUUGACUGCUGGCGGUUGACAAACUUUCCUGGACAGAAGGUCGAGGAUGUGCACGUGGGUAGAUAG